AAAUGAAGAGGAAAGGUUAGACUUGGGCUGCUAAGACUUGAAGUCUCCCCGCUUAAUUCCAAAGAGUAUAGAUGUAGUGCUUGCCAUAGUUUUUUCCUAACAGAAAUGUUAAAUUUUGACGAUUGAUUUAUAGUGCUUGAGGUCUCUGUUUUGGUAUUGUGUGCUGCUUCGAUUACGUGCAAUCCAUGGAAACAAGUAACAAACCAAUAACCAUCCUUCUCCUACUGUUGUUGAGUUUCUUUCAUCUUUCCAAAGCAGAUGUUAUUUUUGAUCCCCCUGACCUACUCACCAUCAACUGUGGCUCUUCUACCAACUUCUCCACGCCCGACGGUCGGAACUGGAUUGGAGACACCAACACAAAGCUUCUCUCUGUAAGUCGGGGCUCAGUUCUUGCAACUGCACUCACACAAUCAACCAUACUGGGUCCUUACACCUCUGCUCGCCUCUCCUUCUCCAAUUUCACUUACUCAAUCUUCAAUCUCACCGCUGGCCCAAUGUUCCUUCGCCUCUUCUUCUUCUCAACUUCAUACCAAAACAACUUUAAUCGUUCCAAAGCCGUUUUCUCAGUCAAAGCAGGCCCAUACACUCUCUUUCAACGUUUCAAUGUUUCCCUCGAUGCGGAUUCUGUUAAUGACCCUGCUCGCUCCAACAUCCUAUUCAGAGAGUAUUGCAUCAAUCUCCAUGAACGACAAAACCUCAACAUAACCUUCAUUCCAAGCUCCACAGGUUCCUACGCUUUCAUCAACGGAAUCGAGAUUGUUUCAAUGCCCUCUUAUCUCUACUACACCGAUCCUAACGUCGACAUCCAUGGAUUGCCGAAACUUGUUGGAGGAGGAACAUAUCCAAUUGAAACCAUUUUGGCUCUGGAAACAAAGUACCGGCUAAGACUGGGGGACCGAAAUAUCCCCGCCGCAGAGGAUACGGGUAUGCUCAGAACGUGGGAUGUCCAUGAUGAAUAUAUAAGUAAUCCAGGUGUAGAAUCUCUAGAUAUCGACAAUACAACCAAGCUGAACUUUAGUAUGACUCCUAAUUACACUGCACCAGACCAGGUAUACCGUUCAUUAGCGAGUAUGGGACAUAACGAAUCUGUGAACAUGGGGUUCAACCUCACAUGGCAGCUUCCUGUUGAUCCUGGUUUCACCUACGUGCUACGGUUACACUUUUGCCAGCUUAACCCGAUGGUUAUUGGGUCUGGUGACCAGAUCUUCCUCAUCUUCAUUCAGGAUCAUUUGGUUGAAGACAUGGUAGACAUUUUCAAUUGGGGCGAUAAACAGAAGGGUGUACCAGUGGUUAGAGACUACGUAGUCAUCAUUCGAGAUAAUCAGAAAAAGGCAAAUCUUUCUGUGAAAUUACACCCUCACGAUAAAAGCAUGAUCAAGGACGCACAACUAAACGCAAUUGAGCUUUUCAAAAUCAGCGACACAACAGGUAAUCUCGCUGUGCCGAACCCAGACCCUCGUAUACAAGCCACGGAGAUUUCCCAUGAAAACUCAAGCAAGAAAAGAAGAGGCACCACAAAAACCCUGGCCGCCGUUGUAGUUGCAGUUUCUGGUGUCGUUUUACUCUCCUCUAUCAUUGCUUUCUUUAUCAUCAAACUCAAGAAAAACGUUGCUUACAACAACGGUUCCAAUAAAAAAGACGGAACUUCUCGCGGGGGAGGGUCGUCAUCACUACCAACCGACCUCUGCCGUCACUUCACAAUUGCAGAAAUCGUGGAAGCUACCAACAACUUCGACGAAGUCUUUGUCGUUGGAGUGGGAGGAUUUGGCAACGUGUACAAAGGCUACAUCGGGGAUUCUACGCCUGUGGCAAUCAAAAGGCUCAAACCCGGUUCUCAGCAAGGUCUGAACGAGUUCAUGAACGAGAUCGAAAUGCUCUCUCAACUUCGUCAUCUUCAUCUUGUUUCCCUCAUCGGUUACUGCUACGAGAGCAACGAGAUGAUCCUCGUUUACGAUUUCAUGGAUCGUGGAACCCUCCGUGACCAUCUCUACGGAACCGAUAACCCUCCACUCUCAUGGAAGCAAAGGCUUCAAAUAUGCAUUGGUGCCGCACGAGGACUCCAUUAUCUGCAUACAGGUACGAAACAGAUGAUCAUUCACCGUGACGUGAAGAGCACAAACAUCUUGUUGGAUGAAAAAUGGGUGGCGAAGGUUUCAGACUUUGGGUUAUCUCGAAUUGGACCCACGGGUUCUUCAAUGACCCAUGUGAGCACUCAGGUGAAGGGCAGUGUUGGGUAUUUAGAUCCGGACUAUUACAAACGACAACGUUUGACGGAGAAGUCAGACGUGUACUCGUAUGGGGUGGUGCUCUUGGAGGUAUUGUGUGGGAGGCAGCCUUUGCUUCGAAUGGUUGAGAGGCAACAGGCGUCACUUGUGGAUUGGGCGAAGCAUCGGUAUGAGAAGGGGUUUCUGGGUGAGAUUGUGGAUCCAGCACUGAAGGACCAGAUAGCACCUCACUGUUUGCGCAAAUUUGGUGAGGUUGCAUUGAGCUGUUUGCAUGAGGAUGGGACUCAGCGACCAUCCAUGAAUGACGUCGUUGGUGUGUUGGAGUUUGUUAUGCAACUUCAGCUUCAGGAUGGUGCUAAUGUCAAUGCCGUCUCGGAAAGUGGUGAGGAUUAUGAAAACAGCACUACUGAGGACAUGUUUAGCAGUAGCCAUAGUAGUGUGAAUGUUUCUGACUACAGUAACAGCAGUGGAUUGAACACUACAAGCUACGCCAGUAAAGAAUCUGAGAGGCUCUUAGAGCCUGUUUUCUCCGAGAUUAAGGAUCCAAAGGGACGAUGAGGUUGGAGCAGUUACUAUAGCUGCAGGUUGAGUUUGGUCUUUAUGACAAGUAAUUAAUUAAUAUGGUUGGAUUGCCACACAAAAUUUGUAAUUAGAUGAAUAGAAUUACGAUUUUCUCUAAAAAAUGCAAUUAAAGGUUUCUAAAGUUUGAAAGAUUAUAUAUUCCUAAAAAAUAUUAUUUAA